AUAAUAAUAAAAGGAUGAAUCCCUCUUCAACAAGAAUAAACAAAUAAAUCUCUGUUUUUUUUAUUGUUGACUUGGUUCAAUCAAUGGAUGAAAAUGAACUGAGGUUGAAAAAGUGAGAGAGUGAUUCAAAAUUAAAACUACCGAUUUGGGAACACUUACCUUCUUUUUUUCUUUUCAUUUUUUUAAAGUUUAUUAUUAUUACUUAAAUUAAUCAUGCCAGAAUCCAUUCCUCAAGAAGAGAAACCUAUUCUUUUGAAACUACUUAAUCUUCGAAUGAGAUUAUCAGUCAUGAAACGCGAUCGUACUACUCACUUGGACAUUAAUCAAAUUGAACCAAUACGACAAGAAACUGCACAACUUAUUGAAGAAUUGAUCAAUGUACGACAUGGUGUAUUAUUGAAAGACCAUCAAAAACCUAAUCGAUGCGAUGAUUUAUUAGACGAAGUUUGUCAAAUGAUAAGUUUAUGCUUUUUAUCCUUGGGGAAAACGAGAGAAAGUCCUGCUGUCUAUUCUCAAGUGGUAUCUAUUUCGCAUUGUUUUGAACGAUUGGAUGAAUUUGGGAUUUAUGCUGAAGAAUUCUUAGAACCUUAUGCAAAUAUGUUGAAAGAUAUUAAAAAUGUAUUGGAAAUCGAUGAACGAAAUGAAACUUUAUCAAAACCUGUGAUGCAAAUCUUAUGGAAUAAAUUUCAUCAAUGUGAUACCAUCUAUAAACGACUAUUGAACACAAUUCAUGAAGUAUCACCAGAACUUCUUCCUAUUCGAAAUCAACUUUUACGUAUUCGUCGACAAUUAUUAAUUAUAGCCUGUCAAAGUAAUUUUCAUUCCAAAGAUAUUCUACCUCUUCAAGAAGAACUUCAAGAAAUUGAUGAACAACGUGUGGAUGGGAAAUUCCUUGCUGCCGAUGGUAGUAUACCAGCAGGUCAAGCGGUAGUGACAGGAUUAUUGGAUCAAGUACAUCGAUUUGCCUAUGAUCUCGUCAUUGUAACGACAAGUGAUUUUUCACCAGCAUUACAAUCUCUACGUGAACGACUAGUAGAAAUUAAAAAUCAUCUUGAACGAUUGGCUUUGACACAAAAAUGGACCAUGCGACAAACUGACCUUUUUACUUAUCAACAUCAACUUCAUGACAUUGUCAAAUUACGUUACCAUGGAGAGGAUGAUGAUAAAACUACAGAUCAAGAUAAAAUGGGCAAAUUCUUAGAUGCUGAAGGCAAUGCUCCUGAUGGACAAACAGUGGUCAAUUUUUUACUUCACAAAUGUUAUAGAAUGAUUUUGGAAUUAUUGAAUGAAAGUGUACCUGUAGGUGAAGCUUUGACUCCUAUCUAUAAUCAAUUGACAUCUGUAAAAAAAUGUUUAAUUGCUGUCAAGAAAACUGGUGCUCCUUGUACUCCUGAAGAAUUGUAUCCAUAUCAAAUGAAAUUAGCUAGUAUUGAAGAUUUACGCAAAGAUGGUAAAUUCUAUGAUGAUCGAGGAGAUCUUCCUGAAGGACAAGCAUUAUGUGUGAAUACUUUAGAAGAAUGCUAUCAACUUCUGGAUGAUCUACGACAAAUGGAUGAUAAUUAGAUUAGU